AUGAGAAGCCGUUUCCCUCUGGAUUCUGCGACGACAAGUGCGACUUCACCUUUGCAAUCAGGUUACACCCAACAUAUCAGAGGACCCUUGGCUCCCAAAUCUACUAACUACCACACCUCGCCUGCUGUCAAAUCUAUGCUUUUGGAUCCGAAAGACCCCCAAGGAAACAACUGGCAAUUCAGAGUUACUGUCCAAGCUGAGAAAAUGCCUACAUCAGCCAAAUCCAUCACAAGGACACAAUUGAUCCCACUACACGAUGAGGAGAACAAUCAGGUCCCCGAUCUUUGUCCUGUCUCUCAGCUUGGUGACCACGCCUCGACGGAUUACUCCUUGUCAGAGAUCGACUUUCCCGAGCCCGAAGAGCGUCCACAGUCAACUCGUCGCCCAGUAAUCGUUAACUCCUUGUCGCCCGAGCCAGCGCAACCUCUCGUGUCCCGCAGAACCCCCGUGAGUGCACGUAUUGGUUCUUCCAGGAAACACUUUGGUAGCAGUGUCAGAUCUGCAUCACAACGCGCAGAACCUGAACCAAUCGAUGGACCACGAUUUGACCAAGACGAAGAGGCAGAUGCUGUGCUCGGCGCUUGUGCUCCUGGCGAUGCAACAAUGCUCGAGAGCGAAGAGUUCAGUAUGAUAUCUGUUGACUCCUUGCCAAGUCGAGUUGCUGGCCAUUCCUCGCCUUCACACGCACUUCAAGCUACUGAAGGCGAUGCUUCUGUCAAUCGCUCAUAUAUGCCUUCGUCCCCUCCAGCCUUCGUUGCCGACAGAACAACUCCUGUGCCUGAAGAUUCGACCCCCGAGAACCCAAAGGCUCCACAACCAUCUCAAGGUCACGAUGUCGAUAUCUCAACACCUCUGAGAGAAGGUGCACGCAAGUCUGGAAGAGCGUUACAGGAUGCACUAAAUGGUCCAUUCCGCGAAUCUGUAUCAAGAGAGCUACCUUCCGCCCGCGAAUCCAUCUUUAACGGCUUCAGCUCUGGUACAAGACGCCAGCUGCGCCAAAGUUUACAUACUGGACAGAGCUUAGCUUCGCCGUCAGCUAUGCAAAACGUACCUACGUUAGCACCUACCGCCAGCGCGUUGUCCAACCACCUAUCUCCCUUCCAUAGUCCGGUGCGACAACAGGAUACUUUCGACUCGCUCCCUGCCCGUCUUCUCACUCCUCAGACAGAUGACCGCUCGCAAUCCGCAGAGGCCAAUCAAUCUCAAGUCGAUGUGGAAUAUCCUGAACUCGCCCGAGCGUCCAGAAAUACCAGCCAAGCACGUGAGGAGCCCGAGAUGAGUUAUGUCGACGUUCAAAAUGCAUCAGCGAGCCGCAUGCAAAGUCCGCCUCGCUCUUCACCAGCAUCCAAGCAUGAUGCGAUUGAGCAAUCUGAAGACAACAUAAUCGAGCCAGAAGCAGAAGAAGAAGAUGGAGACGAUGAUAAGGACAUUUGGCAAGAGGAAGCGAGCCGUUCCUUGGUCGAUGAAGAAGGCUCUCCAGAACAGACUGAUCUGUUCCUAGAUGAUCUCGUCGUAAAGCCUCGCAGGAGUAAGCUUCCUGGUACUUUACGUCGCGUAUCAGGGGCAAGUUCUGCGUACAGCAAUUCUCCCGAAGCACAGGGGCGCCAGAACCGCAAGGUCAGCGCUUCCACCAUGGGAUCCAGGAAGAGUAGUGGCGUUAUGACACCGCCAUCAUCCGACGAUGGUAGUGUUGUCAUUGUUGAGAGAUCGAGCGGACAAGUUGAGCCUUCAGCGAAGGUUGAAGCAGAUGAAGAUCUCAGCCAGUCUGAGUCUGGCGAUGACACGGGAACGUUCUUCCAGUCAAAUAUUCCAUCGGUAUACCACGAAAAGACAAGCAAGCAUGUCGCGGACUCAGCGAAGAGCAGUUUCGCGCCGAGCAGCCCACUCAGAAACACAUUUCUGGAUUUCAGUCCUGCAAAGCACGUCCAGAAUUCUCAAAGCAGCUCCAAUACAAACCUCUCCGCUGGUCCUUCACCUCUUCGCCGAAGUCUGGUCGAGUCUAUCAAUCUGAACAACGCUCAAGCACGACGUCAAGAGAUUCAAGUCGACACUUCGCAGACAGACUCUAGUCUAGCUUCUGAUGCCCAACAGAUACAAAGAGAGAUGAGAGGGAAAUCAAGUAGAGCUGCAAGCACUAUCUCAAGUCUCACCUCUGGAAGCCAAGUAAGAGGAUCGAGGAGAGCGCCAAGUGCAAACACCAUUGACCUCACUAUUACCGAUUCUUCUGAACAAGAUGUCUCGACCAUGUCUUCGAGAUCGAGGAGCUACCAGGAGGAGCUGAAUCUGGAUUCACCAAUGCGUGUGAAGGUCAACUUCAAUGAUGAAAAUGUAAACUCCACUCUCUUGGAGGCCAAACGACAGUAUCCUCCUCUGUUUGACAAUGUCCCAACACUAAGGAAACCUAUCAACGAGUCACCUGAAGACUCGCAGCCCAGGUCACCACUCCUGAAACUUACAGAAUCCUUCUGGGAGGCUGUGACCAAGCCUCCGGUCUAUGCGUCACCAGAGCGCAAGCCGUCUGUCAUGCUGGAGUCAGCACCUGUUGCUACUGUGCCUGAUCACGUCUUGCGUUUGCGCCGCAAAUACGGUCUNUUGCCUGAUACACACCCGUUCAUAUAUGCACACAUUCGUACACUACAUCGUAUGCUCAACUCCACACGCUCUCGAUCUGGCAGCAGUAUCGUACCUCGCAGUGGGCCUCUGGGCCAUGGUCUAUCACGUCUACUCGGCAAAUCCAAAACCAACGAACUAGACCAGCGGUUCGUGUGGACACAAACACACCUGCAUGUCGUUGACUCCUUCAUGUCGCUUCUUUUACCACAAGAAGAGCGCGAUCGCCUACAAUACGACACCGGUUCUUGGGGUGAUGCCGAAGCGCUUAGACAUCGUGGCCGCGACUCCAAAGGCAGAUAUGGCGAUGAAGUAGUCUUUAACGGUAUCAAAGGAGGUUUGAUAGAGGCUUCGUGGGUGGCAGAUGUGCUUGUUGAUAUUGUGUUCAAGGAAGAGAUGAAUGCUAAGAAGAAGAGGGUUGCUGAGAUGAUGGCUCGUGCUGAACGCAUGGAGAUCUAA